AUGGUAUUGACUACGGCAGUCAUAUCGCUCCAGUCUCAACCCACUGUCCCUCUUCGCCUUUUUUUUUUCCCUACCCUUUUUCCCUUCCCCCUGCCGCCCCUCCUUCCCCCUUUCGCCACGCACCUUCCCUCUCCACCACGCCCCGUCCCCGUUCUGCCACUCCCCCUUUUCCCGUCCGCCGCUCCGCUUCCCCCUCCGCCAGUGCGCCAGCUCGGUCUCCCCACGGACCUGGCGGCGGUGGCGCUACUAGCGCAGGCGGCGGACGACUACGUGCGGGGCGAUAAGAGCACAUCCGAUAAGAGCCGCGCCAACCUGCUCGCGCUCGUCGCACAGACGGGGGGUGGGCGGGUGAUGGGGAAGGGGGAGGCGGGGGUGGAGGCGGAGGCGGGGGAAGAGGGGGGGGCGGGGGAGGAGGCGGGAUUAAGGCGGGGUUCAGAGGAGUUGGGGGAGGAGCUAGUUGCGGAGCUGGACGCGUGCAUGCUGUCUUACUUUGGCUUCCACUGGCCGCACUCCGCGCUCAUGAUCGAACAGGUGCGUGGGAGGGCACGGGGAGGGCCGGACUCUGCGGUCAUGUUGGAACAAGUGGGUGGGAGGCAAGGGGAGGCAAGGCAGGGGAUGGAAUGUCAAGACAACUCAAAAGUUAUUGGCAGCACAUGCAUCCCUACCACCCCCGUGCGCCCAUCCCUGUGCGCCCAUCCCCGUGCGCCCAUCCCCGUGCGCCCAUCCCUGUGUUCCCAUCGCCAUGCGCCCAUCCCCAUGCGCCCAUCCUCAUGCGCCCAUCCCCAUGCGCCCGUCCCCAUGCGCCCGUCCCCAUGCGCCCGUCCCCAUGCGCCCGUCCCCAUGCGCCCGUCCCCAUGCGCCCGUCCCCAUGCGCCCGUCCCCAUGCGCCCGUCCCCAUGCGCCCGUCCCCAUGCGCCCGUCCCCAUGCGCCCGUCCCCAUGCGCCCGUCCCCAUGCGCCCGUCCCCAUGCGCCCGUCCCCAUGCGCCCGUCCCCAUGCGCCCGUCCCCAUGCGCCCGUCCCCAUGCGCCCGUCCCCAUGCGCCCGUCCCCAUGCGCCCGUCCCCAUGCGCCCGUCCCCAUGCGCCCGUCCCCAUGCGCCCGUCCCCAUGCGCCCGUCCCCAUGCGCCCGUCCCCAUGCGCCCGUCCCCAUGCGCCCGUCCCCAUGCGCCCGUCCCCAUGCGCCCGUCCCCAUGCGCCCGUCCCCAUGCGCCCGUCCCCAUGCGCCCGUCCCCAUGCGCCCGUCCCCAUGCGCCCUUGUGGGUAUUCCGGGAACCAAGCAGCAAGCUGCACUUGAGGGACGUCGUUAAUGCCGUCAUUCGGCAGAGGCGGUUCAACGAGGCCAUCACGUGUCUGCGCCCGCAGCAGCGCUUCUCCCGCAGCCCGCACAAGAUGCAGAUCCUCGGCUGCGGCCCCCGCCUUGGAAGAGCGGGGGAAGCUGGGGGUGCGGGGGGGGUGGGGGGAGCAGGGGGAGCAGCGGGAGUGGAGGGGGCGGGAGGAGCAGUGGGAGCGGGAGGAGCGGGGAAAGUUGGGAAAGCAGGAGAGAGCAAAGGGGGACCGGGGCAAGGGGAAGCGAGACAAGGGGGAGAGGGUGAGGAGGGCAGAAGAUCAGAAGGCAAAGAACUAGUGGGUACUGGCUCUGAGAGUGGUAUCGACCGCAGUGCGCUCCCCGUGCUGCUGCUGAUAGGCGGAGGCGCGGGCGCUGGCAAGUCAACGGUGGUCAAGGAGAUCAUGAAACGCAUGGCGCCUUUUGCGGUGGUGGUUGAUUCCGACGCCUUCAAGGAGAAGGACGCAAUCUUCCGAGCUCUCUCUGCUGACCGGCUGAACGACGCCGCCCGCAUCUCACAGCUGGUCCACGAGGAGUCGACCCAGGCGGCGCAGUCAACGCUGGUAACCGCGCUGAACGAGGGGCGCGAUGUGAUCUUUGAUGGGACCAUGUCAUGGGCGCCGUUUGUGCAGCAGACGAUUGCAAUGGCUAGACGGGUGCAUGAGAAGAGAUUCAGGAUGGGCCCGGGGUAUCAAGUGAAAAAGGAUGGGAGUGUGGUGGAGCGGUAUUGGGAGGAGGUGGAGGAGGAGGAAGAGGAGGUGGAGGAGGAGGAGGAGGAGGAGGAGGAGGAGGAGGAGGAGGAGGAGGAGGAGGAGGAGGAGGAGGAGGAGGAGGAGGAGGAGGAAGAGGAUGAGGAGGAGGAGGAUGAGAGUGUGGUGGAGCGAUAUUGGGAGGAGGUUGAUGAGGAGGGGGAGAGUGAUAGAAGAGUGGAGGAGGGGAGGGAGAGAGGGGAGGAGGAGGGGAGGGCAAUAGAGGGUGGAGAGGGAAUGGGCAGCGAGAGAGGGGAUGGGGAGGUGGAGAGGAGGAAGGAAAAUCCAGGGAAGGAGGGUCAGCACCGGCCCAAGAGGCACAGCAGGAGGAGGCAUGGGAAUGGGCUUGCGGUGCUGGUGGGCGUGAUGUGUGAUGCCCACCUGGCUGUUGUGCGCGGCAUGCGGUGA